AUGACUUCUUUACCCAAACCAGAAAGACAUCCUGAAUCCUUGCUUGACAUUUGUUACGAUGCAGAUCCUUCUGAAUCUGAAAUGCUGAUGACUGCCAAAAGCCAAAACAUCAUCUUGCAAAGCAUUAGCAGCAGCGAGGAGUCUGACCAAGAUGAAGAUUUCAGUCAUUCUACAUGGACCAGUGAAGAUGAAAGCCCAUGUGAGGAUGUACAGGAUUAUGGGAAUAAGACAAAAGAUGAUGAAAUUAUUAUUACUUUUCAAAGAGAAGACAACACUCCCCAAGAAAUGAGCCAAGUCGACAAUGAUUUUGAAGCACACAAUCAGACAUCAGUGCACAGAAAGUGGCCAAGUGAGCGCUCCAUUUCUCUUCCAAAUGAAACUGAGAUGGUGGAAUUCAAAAUGAGGCAACAGACUAUGUUACCUUUCCUUCUCAAGAAAGAGGAAAGCUUGGAACAGCUGCAUGGUGGUGACUUUGGUUUUCUGGUGCCAAGACAUUGCUCAGAGCCUAACAUUUCCAAGUCUGUAACGGGUAAGAAUACCUUCCAGUUUAUGAAGCAGUGGCAGAAGAAAUCAGAGAUUUUCAGCACCUCCUCUGCGCUUUAUAGUCUUAGACAGAUAAAGGUAUACUGUGGUCUUACAAGUCAGGGCCAACUCAUAGCUGUCAAACAAGUAGCUCUGGAUACCUCUGAUCAAGUCGCUAAUGAGAGAGAAUAUCAGAAACUACAAGAAGAAGUAGACUUGCUCAAGGUACUGAAACAUGUCAAUAUUGUGACCUACUUGGGAACAUGCUUGGAAAAGAACCUUGUAAGUAUUUUCAUGGAGUUUGUUCCCGGUGGCUCCAUUUCUAGUAUUAUAAACCGUUUUGGACCCCUGCCUGAGAUGGUGCUCUCCAAAUACACCAAGCAAAUUCUCCAAGGUGUAGCCUAUUUGCAUGAGAACUGUGUGGUGCACAGAGAUAUCAAGGGGAAUAAUGUUAUGCUCAUGCCAACUGGAAUAAUAAAGCUGAUUGACUUUGGAUGUGCCAGGCGUUUAGCCUAUGUGAGCUUAACGGGCACUCACAGUGAAAUGCUUAAAUCUAUGCAUGGGACACCAUAUUGGAUGGCACCCGAAGUCAUCAAUGAAUCUGGUUAUGGAAGGAAGUCAGACAUCUGGAGUAUUGGCUGCACUGUAUUUGAGAUGGCCACGGGGAAACCACCUUUGGCUUCUAUGGACAGGAUGGCAGCAAUGUUUUACAUUGGCACACAUAGAGGACUAAUGCCUUCUUUACCAGACCACUUUUCAGAGAAUGCAGCAGACUUUGUACGUGUCUGUUUAACCAGGGAUCAGCAUGAACGGCCAUCUGCUCUGCAGCUCCUGGAGCACUCUUUUCUUCAUGGGAGUCGCUGAGGGGAGCUGUGGACAUUCUACCAAAGCCGCUGCAGAUGUUCAGUUGUUUCAAAACUGUGGGGAAUGCAGGUUGAGAGCCAUGGAUCUUCUUGGAAAUCCAGUCUUAUGCGAACUCAGCCAGAACCUUCUGUUUUCAUCAGCUGAAAAUGUUACCAUUGUAGAAGAGCUUUCUCACGUUGGUUCAGGAUUCCAUGCCUGUGUGUUUGGAGCCAUACCAACUCAAGAGCCAGUUGUUAAAUAUUCAGUGUGAGCAUUUGCACCUCAGAAAUCUUCAAAUGCUAUAAAUCAGGACUAGGCUUAAAGUGAUUGUGAAGAUGUGAAUAAUGUAGUUCAAACUUAAAAGUGUCUUAUGUGAACUUUUUUUGGGGGGUGGUGGAAUUGGUUGUUCAA